AUGGCCACAAUGGAGAGCUUGAUUGGGCUUGUGAACAAAAUCCAAAGAGCUUGCACUGUAUUAGGGGAUCAUGGUGGCGAAGGAAUGUCCCUCUGGGAAGCUCUUCCUUCUGUAGCUGUUGUUGGAGGCCAGAGUUCUGGAAAAUCUUCGGUGUUGGAAAGCGUUGUUGGGAGAGAUUUUCUGCCUCGUGGAUCCGGGAUUGUUACAAGGAGGCCAUUGGUGUUGCAACUGCAUAAAACAGAGGGGCAGUCGGAAUAUGCAGAGUUUCUUCAUGCACCAAAGAAGAGGUUUACUGAUUUUGCUGCUGUGCGCAAGGAGAUUCAAGAUGAAACAGAUCGUAUAACUGGGAGGACUAAGCAAAUCUCUAACAUUCCAAUUCACUUGAGCAUAUAUUCUCCAAACGUUGUGAAUUUAACCGUCAUAGAUCUCCCUGGAUUGACAAAGGUUGCUGUAGAGGGACAGUCGGAGAGUAUAGUUGAAGAUAUUGAAAUGAUGGUCCGGUCUUAUGUUGAGAAGCCCAAUUCCAUCAUAUUGGCAAUUUCUCCUGCCAAUCAAGAUAUUGCUACUUCUGACGCAAUAAAGCUUGCCAAAGAAGUUGAUCCUACAGGUGAGAGAACAUUUGGAGUGCUAACAAAACUCGAUCUGAUGGACAAGGGAACCAAUGCCCUAGAUGUACUCGAGGGAAGAGCAUACAGACUCCAACAUCCCUGGGUUGGAAUUGUGAAUCGUUCACAAGCUGAUAUAAACAAGAAUGUUGACAUGAUAGUGGCCCGUCGAAAGGAGCAGGAAUAUUUUGAUCCAGCCCAGAAUAUGGACAUUUGA